AUGUAUUGCCAGGACCCCAACGUUUGUGCAGUGUUUGCUGUACUAGGAGGAAAAGUGGGAAGAAAGCAUGGCAUAAAAAGGGGGAGGAGACCCAGCAUGAGAAACCCAGCUCAGCAGGCCAGAGGACCCUGGAUCCAUGAGAGUAAGCAUCCGGCCUUCGCAAAGCAACAGAUAAACUUGGAGAUGCCCAGCUCUGGAGUGACAACAGAGCGAGCCUGGGUGUGCAGCUCCACCUCAAGAAAAAAGAAUUGGGCUGGGUCCCUGACUCUUCCCACUGCUCCACUGAGCCCCGCACCAUCCUUGGUGCCAGCACUGUGA